UUUCACUUACUCCUUCUACACCGCUUCACCAUCCUCCCUUAGAAUAAAACGAAAUAUAGGUUUAAAAAAAAUAGAAGGCAACUAAAAUUCUAAGCUAUUUAUUGAUCAUUUAUUUAUUUGCUUUUUUAUUUAUUUGUCUAUGUAUUUAUUUAUUCCCUCGGUUGAGUCCUAAAUCGGUCGUGAGCUAGUCGACGCACGCCUUAGUUAUUUAUUUUUUUUUAUCCCUGGUGUUUCAUCUGAGAUGGAAGUGAGAUGUCGGGCUCCGGUGCUGAUGAUGAUACUGCGCGCGACUCUCGCGUUUCUGCUGUGCGCUGCGUGCGCGCGAUCACAGCGACAAUAUCUGAACGAGUGGGCCGUAGAGGUACCGGGGGGUCUUUACGCUGCCCAGACAAUCGCCAACGAGCUCGGUUACGAUUUAGUGCGACAGAUUGGGGCCUUAGAGAACCAUUAUUUAUUCAAACAUUACUAUCAUCCUAGCAGGACCAAAAGAAGCGCAGAUCACAUUACCAAAAGGCUGUCGGAAGAUGACAGGGUGUCUUGGGCUGAGCAGCAGUAUGAAAUAAAAAGGAGUAGGCGUGCUCCACUGGGUGGAGAAUGUAAAGACUGCUCUGUGGACAAACUCUUUGAUGACCCUAUGUGGAACCAACAGUGGUACUUGCAAGACACGCGGACAUCGUCGUCGUUGCCGAAACUAGACCUUCAUGUGAUCCCAGUGUGGAAGAAAGGCAUCACGGGUAAAGGCGUUGUCAUCACCGUGCUGGAUGAUGGCCUGGAAUGGAACCACACCGACAUCUAUCCCAAUUACGAUCCUGAUGCCAGUUAUGAUUUCAAUGACAACGAUCCUGAUCCUUUCCCCAGAUAUGACUCCACCAAUGAGAACAAACAUGGAACUAGGUGUGCAGGUGAGAUAGCAAUGCAAGCAGACAACAACAAAUGUGGAGUGGGAGUGGCGUACAACUCGAAGGUCGGAGGAAUCCGAAUGUUGGAUGGAAUUGUGACCGAUGCCAUUGAGGCGAGCUCUAUAGGGUUUAACCCCGACCAUGUUGACAUCUACAGUGCCAGCUGGGGGCCAAAUGAUGAUGGAAAAACAGUAGAAGGACCGGGUCGUCUGGCACAGAAAGCCUUCGAGUAUGGCAUCCAAAAGGGACGUGGUGGAAAGGGCUCCAUCUUUGUUUGGGCGUCAGGGAACGGUGGGCGUCAGGGUGAUAACUGUGACUGUGAUGGAUAUACGGACAGCAUCUUCACCAUCUCCAUUAGCAGUGCAUCACAGCAAGGCCUCUCACCCUGGUACGCCGAGAAAUGUUCAUCCACCCUCGCUACUGCCUACAGCAGCGGAGACUACACUGACCAGAGGAUUACUAGUGCCGACCUUCAUAAUGAAUGCACAGAGACACACACUGGAACAUCUGCUUCUGCUCCACUGGCAGCUGGGAUAUUCGCUCUGGCCUUAGAACAGAAUCCUGAUCUAACAUGGAGAGACCUGCAACACUUGGUGGUAUGGACGUCCGAGUUUGACCCUCUAGCAAACAAUCCUGGUUGGAAGAGGAACGGCGCUGGUCUGAUGGUGAACAGCCGUUUUGGGUUCGGCUUGCUCAACGCUAAAGCUCUGGUAGAUCUCGCCGAUCCCAAAGUGUGGAAGCACGUGCCUGAGAAGAAGCAAUGCAUUGUGAGAGAUGACACAUUCCUGCCCAGGCCUCUGAAGGCAGCCGGGGAGAUCAGCAUUGAGAUCCCUACUAAAGCAUGCACUGGCCAGACAAACGCUAUAGUCUCAUUAGAGCAUGUGCAGGUGGAGGCCAGUAUUGAGUACACCCGGAGAGGAGACCUCCACAUCACGCUCACCUCUCCAUCAGGUACUACUACAGUCCUCUUGGCUGAGAGGGAAAGGGACACUUCGUCUAAUGGUUUCAGGAACUGGGCCUUCAUGUCUGUGCACACCUGGGGAGAGAACCCUACUGGCACUUGGACCCUGAAGAUCACUGACACGUCAGGGCGGAUGGAGAACGAGGGGCAGAUCCUAAGCUGGAAGCUGAUUCUCCACGGGACCUCUGAGAAACCGGAGAACAUGAAAAAGCCGAGAGUGUACACUUCCUACAACGCUGUACAGAACGACCGCAGGGGAGUGGAACACAUGGAGGACAUGAUGGAGGAGUCUGCCAUCUCUCCCAACAAACCUGAGAAACCACAGACGCCAGCUAAAGUCACUUCCUCUACUCCAGACUCUGCAUCUGACCCAGAAGAAAAGCCUUCUUUGUCACAGUCUUCGUCCUCCCCUAAUUUAGCGCUGCUCCGCCUCCUGCAGUCAGCUUUUAACAGGCAAACCCCUGCUAUCACUCCUCACUCCAUGGCUUCCCUCAGCCAAGUCCAAUCCCGAGACGGGAUCUCGAAACAGAAGCUGUUUGAAGCCAUGGACUGGCUCAUGCAGGACACAGUUCCUGAGAGCAACCUGUACGACGAUUACAGUGACAAAUUCUACAGAGCACAAGCUUAUCGGCACAGAGACGACCGGCUGAUGCAGGCUCUGUUUGACAUGCUUGAGGGAGAGCAGCAGUGAGAGCAGUGGUGCAGAGGGGAAAGGAAGGUUAGGGGAAGGUCAGAGCAGUGGGUAUAGGGGUAAAAAAAAAAAUAAUAAUAAUAAUAAUAAUAAAAAAAAAAACAGGUAAUAUAAAGUUUGUAAUGGCAGAAAGUGAGAAGAAGCAUGCGGAUAUGUAGAUGAGAGCCAGGAGUAGAACGAGAGAAUCACUCCUUCACACACGUGUGUAGUUUUUGUCUCUACUCUUUUUAAUCUAUAUUCACUCUGGGGCCUAUUUGUGUUUCGUGUCAGUAUCUCUAUCCCAUCGGUUCUCAUUUUUCACCAUAUAUUGCUUCAUUCACAUAAAAAAAUAAUUUAAAAAAAUAUAAAUAUUAUAAUUAUAAUAUAUUUUAUGACAGUGCCUUGCAUACGUAUUCACCCCUUAACCCCCUCAUAGUGUUACAAAGUGGAACUCAUUAUGACGCCGCCACCACCGUGUGUCACUAUAGGAACGUCGUUCUAGGGUGAUGAGCAAUGUUAUGCCAAGGUAGAACUUUUUUGUACCAAGGCCAAAAAGUUCCAUUUUGUUCUCAUUUUGUUCAAACCUUUUUCACAUUUGCAGAGACUCCAUUACGCCUUUUGGCAAACUCCAAAUAGAAGUUCAUAUAAGCUGCCAAUCUUCCAUAAAGGAAGCUUUCAUGACCAUCAUUGCAAAAUGAACAGCCGACAUUUGGUGGAUCGCCUCGACGAGAUAGUCAUUGAUGGUUGAUGGUUGAUACCAGAACUUUGACCCAGAAUUGUUUUAAUAGUUCCUUGGACUUCUGUUGGUGUUUUAUCACCAAUUCAGUCUUCCCAGUUUCCGAAACACCAGCUAACACUUCCUUUUCUCUUCCUUUUCCUUUUUAAAACAUGAGCACGCAGAUGCCUUCGAUUGUGAUUGGGCGUGUAGAGCGAGUAAUGCCAACCCUCUCAAACUAAGAGUAUGUUUUUCUCUGUGGCAUCAAACUUAAGAUCCACCAACAAACCAUUUAUGCCCUGAGCCUCUGAGAGCAACUGGUUGUUUGAGAACUAAUCUCAGCCUUUCACAAACAACGGGGGUGAAUAUUUAUGCAAUUAUUCCUUUUACAUUUCUCAUUUUUCGACAUGAAGUGAAAACUUCAACCCACAGUAAUUCAGGCAUGACAUGAAUGUGGUAAUUAUCUACAGCUGGACGUACGGUGCUCCUUUAACACGUUGUUGGCUUCCUGUCAUGUGACCUUUGACCAUGUCGUUUCUCAUUUCCCGGCCCUCUCUUACAUGAUGCUGCUUUCACUGCCACCACUUUUUCACGCAUGCGCUUCUUCAGUGAAAUAUUUUCUUUAGAUCCUAAUGAUAUAGUAUUUCUAUUUGAUAUGCAAAGGUGAUUAUAAAGCUGUGUUGUACAUCUAUUCCGUCUCUUUUAACUUUUAAUUCAUCUGUUACUAAAAAUCAGUUUUAUUUCAAUAAG